UUGAUCCCAAAGCCUCCCUCCACUUCCAGUGUUUCCCUGAACAGAGUUUUGGAACCGGGACUGUCAAGUUCAACCUUGGAGUGACAAAUUGUAUUUUCCUGUGGCUUACACUAUCAAAGGCGACCGACCAUUCGAUACAUUUAUUUCGCCCUAGGCACGCCCUAGGCACGCCCUAGGCGGCACCGAGAGACAAGCGAGAGAAAGGCAUAACGAACGCCUUGAGUCUUUUUCUCAUCGGUCGUUUACUCAUCAUCAUACAUCAAGCACUUGCAAGGUCGAUAUCCAAAUCGAACUCAUCAUAUUUGUUCCCCCAGCGGUCUGCCAUCGUAUGGUCCAACGAAGACUACUACACUGCCGCCAAUCUUCAUCGCCAUUCAUCCAUCUCACCCUCGGGCGUCACAACCCCCUCUUCGUCAGUAUAAGUCGAAACUUGACAACGACACUUUCAAGAGGCGUAUCAUCCAUCGAGACAAAAGCAAUGCCGGUCAUCAAAAUCGAGGCCGUCACGGACCUGCUAUGUCCGUGGUGCUACGUCGGCAAGAGAAAUCUCGACCGCGCAAUCUCACAAUACCGCGCCGUGGACCCCUCUACCGAGUUCGAGGUCGUCUGGAAGCCGUUCUACCUGAGCCCGGCGUUGAAGAGCACAGGCUACGACAAACGCGAAAUGUACACAACCCGCUUCUCCCUAGCAGGCGACCUCCCCACAGCAAUAGCCCGCGUAACCUCCGUCUGCUCCGCCGCCGGCAUAAACCUAAACGUCACAGGCCGCACCGGCAACUCGCGCCAAUCCCACAAACUCUUACGGCUCGCCCUCGUCUCCAAGGGACCCUUAGCCCAAGACCGGCUCCUCGAGGCGCUCUUCCGAGGCCACUUUGAACUCGGCGCCGAUAUUUCCGAUAGGAACUACCUCAUCAAGACGGCGGCGGCCGCGGCGGGACUGGAUGAGGCUGACGUCGAGGCCGCGCUCGAUAGCGAUCGCGCGGGGGAAGUGGUGGAUGAGGAGGUUGUGGGCGCGAGAAAGGCGGGCGUUACGGGCGUGCCGACGUUUACGGUGCAGGGCAGGUGGAGGGUUGGUGGGAAUCAGGAGCCGGAUGUGUUUUUGAGGGUGUUUGAGCGGGUUACGGAGGGCCAUUGAGUCUGAUGGUGGUUUGGGGAGGGGCUUCUUCCCUUCUGUGAGAGGAUAUUGCUUUGCUGCUACAUACCUUGGCUACGGCGAGAGAAGGGAAUAUGAUGAAGGAAGAGGAUAUGGGGCUUGGUGGUUUGUCCUGUCUGUUAGUUUGGGUCUUAUUUUCUUCCUCGGUGAGGUCAGCGAUAUGGCAUUGCGGUGGCAAUAACAUCAUUUCCCAUAGCGCAGCGUCAAAGAAUGCAAUAAUGUUGGAUAUUCA